CCUUUCACAAAGAUCUCGCUUUUACACUGGACACAUUGGCUUCACCAAGUUUACCCAAGAUAGAUGAUGACCUAAAAGGAUGAAGAACCCAAUGCUGGAGGCGCUGUCCCAAUUGCUGGAGAAGCUGCUCCUCAUCUCCAACUUCAAGCUCUUCAGUUCGGGCACCCCGGACGAAGACAAGGCGAGGAAUAGUUACUAUGAGAUCAGCUCCUUCCUUCGCGGCGACGUGCUGGAAGUGCCCCGGACCCACCUGACCCACUACGGCAUCUACCUGGGCGACAACCGUGUUGCCCACAUGAUGCCCGACAUCCUGUUGGCCCUGACCAAAGACAAGGGGCGCACGCAGAAGGUGGUCUCCAAUAAGCGUCUCAUCCUGGGCGUCAUUGGCAGGAUAGCCAGCAUCCGCGUGGACACAGUGGAGGACUUCGCCUAUGGAGCCGACAUCCUGGUCAAUCACCUGGACAAGUCCCUCAAGAAGAAGGCGUUGCUCAACGAAGAGGUGGCGCAGCGGGCGGAGAAGCUGCUGGGCAUAACUCCCUACAGCCUACUGUGGAACAACUGUGAGCACUUUGUGACCUACUGCAGAUUCGGCACCUCGAUCAGCCCCCAGGCCGACAAGUUCUGUGAGAAUGUGAAGAUAAUUAUUCGUGAUGAGAGAAGUGUUCUCGCUUCAGUGGUCUUGGGAUUGGCAUCUAUAGUCUAUCUGGGCUUGGCAUCCUAUACUACCCUUCCUGCAAUUUUUAUCCCAUUCUUCUUAUGGAUGGCUGGCUAACUUCAUAUCCCCGUGUCAGGUGUUAUAUUCUGUGUGUAAAUAUGUUUAUAUAGAGAGAGCACAAGUCAGUAUAAGCAUCGUCGAGAAAAAUGUGACCUGUAACACUGUAUUCUGGAUAAAAAUGUGACUAAGAAUCACCCAAAGUGCUUACUGUGUAAGCCCAAGAACAAAGGCUUUCUGAAUCUUCUCAGUUCGAUUUUAAAGCCCUGUGCAGAUCUUGGAAACAUGACAACUUGUGAUAGAAUUCAUCAUUACAGGGGCUCCUGGGUGGCUCAGUCGUUGGGCGUCUGCCUUUGGCUCAGGUCAUGAUCCCAGGUUCGGGGGAUUGAGCCCCGCGUCGGGCUCCCUGCUGUACCGGAAGUCUGCCUCUCCCUCUCCCCCUGCUUGUGUUUCCUCUCUCACUGUGUCUCUAUCUG